CUUCUCCACGCAAGACCGCUUCAACUCGUCCGGGCAAGACAAAAGACUUGGAUAGCCGUCGUCUGAACGCAGGAAAAAAUAAAAAAAUAAAACCAAACAAACAUGGCAAGACCUAAAGUUUUCUUCGAUAUCACUGCAAAUAAUAAUCCGCUUGGCAGAAUAAUUAUGGAGCUCAGAGACGAUGUUGUCCCCAGAACAGCAGAGAACUUCAGGCAGCUGUGCACGGGGCAGCCAGGAUUUGGAUACAAGGGCUCCACCUUCCACCGCGUCAUCCCUGGCUUCAUGUGCCAGGGUGGUGACUUCACAAACCACAAUGGAACUGGCGGAAAGUCAAUCUACGGUCAAAAGUUUGCGGACGAGAACUUCACCCUGAAGCACACUGGUGCUGGCUGCCUCUCCAUGGCCAACGCUGGACCAAACACCAACGGCUCCCAGUUUUUCAUCUGCACAGCUGCCACCAGCUGGCUGGACGGCAAGCACGUGGUCUUUGGCCGGGUCACUGAGGGCCUCGACAUCAUCAAGAAGGUUGAGGGAUUUGGCUCCAACAGUGGCAAGACCAGCGCCAAGCUGGUUAUUGCCAACUGUGGGGAGCUGUAGAUGCCCCAGACCUUUCCACUCUGCCCAUCUCCAUCGGCUCCUGAUGUAGUCCCCUCCCAAAUCCUGGCUUGGGUUGCAACAUUCCUGCCUACUUUUACACCAUCUUACCCAUCAUUUAAACCUGUCUGUCCUUUUGACAAGUUGCCUUUUUUUUUUUUUUUUUUUUUUUUUUUUUUUUUUUUUUUGCUCAGUUUUCUUUUUUCAUUUGAGAAUGGAAGCCCAUUGGCUUUGAGAUUUGUCUAUUGAAAUUUGAAAAUAAAGGGGAACAGUAAGCCUAGA